GCGCGGCACGCAGACCCUUUGUGUGUAACGCCACUCUCCACAGGAGGCGGAUUGGAAUUUAGGAGUUAGAACUGUACCUCCCUUCCCUUAUCUCAAGUCUCAACUGAAUCAAAAAUCGAAGGCCAUAUCUCUCUCGCAGAGCCAUGGCGGCCAUAAGCUCUCUUGUAGGAAACAUGCCACAAAUCCGUCCGAGAAUAAGCAGAGACGACAGUUAUUCGAAUAGGCGGGUGAAUUCGGUGGUUUGUAUUCGUAGUGCUCGUGGCCCUUUGACCCCUGUACAUAUUAAUCGUCUAUCUUUAUUUUCCCCAACCAGGCGUCUGCUCGAAGUUGGUGCUGGUAGAUCAGGCUUACAUAGAAAGAAAACUAAUACUUGGGAACAAUGUAUCUCCAUGCUCAGAGAGCCAGUCACUGAAGCACUUUUUCCAGGAAAGUAUAACUACAUUUCUAGCUCUUUUUCCCAGAACAGAAGUCGUCAUCGCCUUAGGACAUCUACACCAAGUGUCUUUAAUGACAAAACUUCUAUUUGUUUGUCCAAGCCUAAACUUGACAAUGCUGCUGUGAAGCAUGAUCGUCUUCCAUACGCAACCGUGGGUCCAGAUGAGCCACACGCAGCAAGUACAGCCUGGCAAGAUGGUAUUCUGGAGAAACAGGAUCUGGAUUUAUUAUAUCCUGGAGUAGGAAAAAUAGAGUUAGAGGGGUUUUUAAGUUCUGAAAUUCCAUCUCAUCCAAAGUUGUAUCGAGGACAACUGAAAAAUGGGCUGCGCUAUCUGAUCUUACCAAAUAAAGUUCCGCCAAACAGGUUUGAAGCACACAUGGAAGUUCACGUAGGAUCAAUCGAUGAGGAAGACGAUGAGCAAGGAAUUGCACAUAUGAUUGAACAUGUUGCUUUCCUUGGAAGUAAGAAACGUGAGAAACUUCUUGGGACAGGGGCUCGAUCUAAUGCUUACACUGACUUCCAUCAUACAGUGUUUCACAUCCAUUCACCCAUUAGUUCAAAGGAUUCUGAUGGAGAUCUACUUCCAUAUGUACUGGAUGCUUUAAAUGAGAUUGCUUUUCACCCGAAAUUCCUUUCUUCUCGUGUUGAAAAAGAACGGAGUGCUAUACUUUCAGAAUUACAGAUGAUGAAUACCAUAGAUUAUCGCGUUGACUGCCAGUUAUUACAACAUCUGCAUUCUGAAAACAAGCUGAGCAAAAGGUUCCCAAUUGGAUUAGAAGAGCAAAUUAAGAAGUGGGAUGUUGAUAAAAUAAGGAAAUUCCAUGAGCGUUGGUACUUCCCCGCAAAUGCAACCUUAUACAUUGUUGGGGAUAUUGAUAACAUCUCAAAAACGAUUUACCAAAUUGAAGCUGUCUUUGGACAAACUGGCCUAGAAAAUGAGGCAGUUUCUGCACCUGCUCCUAGUGCUUUUGGUGCAAUGGCUAGUUUCCUUGUGCCCAAGUUUUCAGUUGGGCUGACUGGAAGUUUACCUAAUGAAAGGUCAUCUAAUUCUGUUGAUCAAGCUAAAAUCUUUAAAAAGGAAAGGCACACAGUUCGUCCUCCUGUGAAGCACAAUUGGUCACUCCCUGGAAGUAGUACGGAUUUGAAGCCUCCACAGAUUUUUCAGCAUGAAUUGAUUCAAAACUUUUCAUUUAAUAUGUUCUGCAAGAUUCCUGUGAGCAGGGUUCAAACAUUUGGUGACUUGCGAAAUGUUCUAAUGAAGAGAAUAUUUCUAUCUGCUUUGCAUUUCCGAAUUAAUACAAGAUACAAGAGUUCAAAUCCACCAUUUACUUCAAUUGAAUUGGAUCAUAGUGACUCUGGAAGGGAAGGAUGUACCGUCACUACUCUUACAGUAACUGCUGAACCCAAGAAUUGGCAAAGUGCAAUAAGAGUUGCUGUCCAAGAGGUUAGAAGGCUCAAAGAAUUUGGUGUUACUAAGGGUGAAUUAACUCGCUACAUGGAUGCUUUAUUAAAAGAUAGUGAACAUCUGGCAGCUAUGAUAGAUAAUGUAUCUUCUGUUGAUAAUUUGGAUUUCAUUAUGGAGAGUGAUGCGCUUGGCCAUACAGUGAUGGAUCAGAGGCAAGGACAUGAGAGUUUGGUUGCUGUUGCCGGAACAGUUACUCUUGAAGAGACCAACUCCAUUGGCGCGAAGGUGUUGGAAUUCGUUUCUAAUUUUGGAAAUCCUACUGCACCUCUUCCUGCAGCGAUUGUUGCUUGUGUUCCAAAGAAAGUGCAUGUUGAGGGGAAGAGUGAAACUGAGUUCGCUAUUUCCCCUAGUGAGAUUGUAGCUGCUAUAAAAGCUGGAUUGGAGGAACCCAUUGAACCUGAGCCUGAGCUUGAGGUGCCAAAAGAAUUGAUAUCAUCAUUGCAGUUACAGGAAUUAAGGCAGGAGCGCAUGCCAUCCUUCAUUCCCUUUAGUCCAGAAACAAAUGUGACCGAAGUUUAUGACAAAGAAACAGGGAUCACUCAGUGUCGCCUUUCAAAUGGAAUUUCUGUAAAUUACAAGAUUUCAGAAAGUGAGGCUAGGGGAGGUGUAAUGCGGCUUAUAGUUGGUGGUGGACGAGCAGCUGAAAGUUAUGAGUCAAGAGGUUCUGUUGUUGUGGGCGUACGUACUCUUAGUGAGGGAGGUCGUGUUGGAAACUUUUCAAGGGAGCAGGUAGAACUGUUCUGUGUGAAUCACCUGAUUAACUGCUCAUUAGAGUCCACCGAGGAAUUUAUUUCUAUGGAAUUCCGUUUCACAUUAAGAGAUAAUGGAAUGCGUGCGGCUUUCCAGUUGCUUCAUAUGGUACUUGAGCACAGUGUCUGGCUGGAUGAUGCAUUUGAUAGAGCAAGGCAAUUGUAUUUGUCUUAUUAUCGGUCCAUUCCCAAAAGCUUGGAGCGUUCAACUGCUCACAAACUCAUGUUAGCAAUGAUGGACGGAGAUGAGCGGUUUGUGGAGCCUACACCAAAGUCUUUGCAAGAUUUAUCAUUGCAAUCUGUAAAGGAUGCAGUGAUGAACCAAUUUGUAGGCAAUAACAUGGAGGUAAGUAUUGUUGGGGACUUCUCGGAGGAGGAUGUUGAGUCUUGUGUUCUUGAUUACUUGGGAACUAUUAGAUCGACAGGAAAUUAUGAGAUGGAGAAUAAGUAUAAUCCGGUUGUGUUUCGACCAUCUCCUUCUGAUUUGCAGUCUCAGCAAGUAUUCUUGAAAGAUACAGAUGAGAGGGCAUGUGCCUAUAUUGCAGGCCCUGCACCAAACCGUUGGGGUUUUACAGUCGAUGGCAAAGAUCUCUUUCAGUCAAUUAUUCAUAUUUCAACUAAUGAUGAACUGAAAUCGGAGGAGCUGCUUAUGGUGGAUAAGGAUAUUCAGAAGGAUCUGCGAAGAAAACUUCGUGGUCAUCCCCUUUUCUUUGGAAUCACAAUGGGGCUCCUGGCUGAGAUUAUAAAUUCUAGGCUUUUUACGACUGUCAGAGAUUCUCUUGGAUUGACAUAUGAUGUAUCAUUCGAGUUGAACCUCUUCGAUAGGCUCAAUCUUGGAUGGUAUGUCAUAUCUGUAACGUCAACCCCUGACAAGGUUCACAAAGCUGUUGAUGCAUGCAAGAAUGUCCUUAGAGGUUUGCAUGGCAACAAGAUUUCCCAAAGGGAGUUGGACAGGGCAAAACGGACCCUUCUGAUGCGACAUGAUGCUGAGAUCAAGUCAAAUGCAUAUUGGCUUGGACUGUUAGCUCAUCUGCAGGCUUCUUCGGUUCCAAGGAAGGACAUAUCUUGCAUCAAAGAUCUCACAAAUUUGUAUGAGGUUGCUGCUAUUGAAGACAUAUACAUUGCAUAUGAUCAAUUGAAAGUCGAUGAUGAUUCUAUAUACUCGUGCAUUGGAGUGGCUGGAGCUCAGGCUGGUGACGAAAUGACUGAAGUCGAAGAAUCAGAUGAAGGCUUUUCAGGAGUUUUCCCUGUCGGGCGUGGUUUAUCUACUAUGACACGGCCUACAACAUGACAUUCUUAUACGAUUACUUGAGCUCUCAUGCAGUAAAGAGAUUUAGCAUUAAGAAUUUGUUGAGAAGUGCAGACCGCUUGAUGUUAAAAGGCCCUGUUGCCAAAGUUGUGGCAGAACAUAUUGUCUGCAGCAGAUCAUUCCAGGUGAAUUCAUCGACUGGCUUGAUUGACAUAGUACUACAUAUUAUUACCAUUGGAAGCAUUGGGCACUGAUGCUGAUUACACUCCUUGUAAAACUAUGAGCAUUAGGAACUAAAACGACAGCUGUAGCUAUCAUUGUGUUGUACAUAAUUGCGGCUAUAUCAAGUGCACUGGUCGCUUGGGUCAAUUCUUCCAUAUUGUAAAUUCAUGAGCCUUUACGUUUAAAUUGUUUUCUAAAUUUUGUUUAACUUAUAGUCAACACUUGGUAGACCGAUUAGUAAUAACCUCUUUUAUA